CCGGGCCGCGCGCCGGAKAGCCGCGAUCGGGGAGCCGGAGCGAGCGCCGAGACCGUGACACCGCCCCGGCCCCGCGCCGCCGCGCCCGCCCGGCAUGGAGGAGGAGUGCCGGGUGCUCUCCAUCCAGAGCCACGUCGUCCGCGGCUACGUGGGCAACCGGGCGGCCACGUUCCCGCUGCAGGUGUUGGGGUUUGAGAUCGACGCGGUGAACUCUGUCCAGUUUUCAAAUCACACAGGCUACGCCCACUGGAAGGGUCAGGUGCUGAAUGCCCAUGAGCUGCAGGAGCUGUACGAAGGCCUGAAGCUGAACUGCGUGAACAAGUACGACUACGUGCUCACGGGUUACACCCGGGACAAGUCCUUCCUGGCCAUGGUGGUGGACAUCGUGCGGGAGCUGAAGCAGCAGAACUCCAGGCUCGUGUACGUGUGCGAUCCCGUGAUGGGCGACAAGUGGAACGGCGAAGGCUCCAUGUACGUUCCCGAGGACCUCCUCCCCGUGUACAGAGAGAAGGUGGUGCCCGUGGCGGACAUCAUAACCCCCAACCAGUUUGAGGCCGAGUUGCUGAGCGGCAGGAAGAUCCACAGCCAGGAAGAAGCGCUAGCGGUGAUGGACGUGCUGCAUGCCAUGGGCCCCGACACAGUGGUCAUCACCAGCUCCGACCUGCCUUCCUCGAGGGGCAGUGACUACCUGAUUGCACUGGGCAGCCAGAGGAUGAAGAGGCCUGAUGGCACCACAGUGACCGAGCGCAUCCGGAUGGAGAUGCGCAGGGUGGAUGCUGUCUUCGUGGGCACCGGGGACCUCUUUGCUGCCAUGCUCCUGGCGUGGACACACAAGCACCCUGACAACCUCAAGGUGGCUUGUGAGAAGACUGUGUCGGCCAUGCACCACGUUCUGCAGAGGACCAUCCGGUGCGCAAGAGCCCAGGCUGGGGAGGGACAGAAGCCCAGCUCAGCACAGCUGGAGUUGAGGAUGGUGCAGAGCAAGAAGGACAUCGAGGACCCAGAGAUCGUCGUCCAGGCCACAGUGCUCUGAGGUCACCCACUCGCCCCAGCGCACAGCAUGUCCCUGUUUUCAUCCUUGUGACAGUGUGACGUCUGCCUUAGUGCCAUGACUGACUUGCCUUCCAUCUGUGAGUGUCGGGCAUCGUGGGUCCCGAUGGUGAAACCUGCCAGUGUGCUUUUCAAAAGUAACAAGCGAUCACGGGAAUUUGUGAUCUGGAAACCCGGCCCCUCCCCCAAGGCUUCGGGACUCCUGACUGCCCUCGGUGGGCCGCUGGCUGCCACUGCCCCACGGAACCCCUGUCCCGAGUGGGCUGGGCCCAUGAAGGCCUCUGUCCGCUUCUUGGAUUGCAUCGGGUCUCAACCGUGAGCAUCUGGAAGAAUCACGCCAAAUUCCUGUGUUGUCCUUCUGGUUGUCCCCUCUCGGUUCCUGCGCUGGAGCUGUCCUAGUCUGCAGCGUGCUGGGUCCCUGGGGUCUGGCCUCACGCAGCUGUACAGCUGCUCACGUCCGCACGCUCAGACACACUGGCGUGUGGUCACCGCACAGGGACCUCUCCAGGGCCCAGCGAAUUCCAGUAUCAGUGGGACCUCCUGUGACUCGGGAACAACUUCUGGGGAUCUGCCAUGUGUCGGGAGGGACGUGCUGGUGCAGCAGGGCCGCCCCUGGCCAAGGCAGCUGGUGGAGUUGGAGAAAGGUGCCCUGUGAGUUCCUUGGGAGCGUCCUCCAUCUGUCGUGUGCCACUAGGCCAUGGGUCUGCUGCCCACUGUGGUGACCCUGCAUGGGGCCACAUGUGUGGGAUGCAGGACGAGAUGGUGUCCGCUGUUCCCUCUUGCCAUUUCAUCCCCCUCUUCCUUGUCUGUGCCGGCUGCUUGCUGGAGACAGGCGCUGGAGCACGACGCUGGUGGUUGGCUCGGACCCCGUGGGCUGCCGUGGUGGAGGCUAGCAGCCCAGCACCAGUCCAGCUGUCUGCUGCUCAAGGUGACCUCCCUGGUUCCACCUUGUCCAGAAUUUGGGGCCACUCGGGCGAGGCAAGUGGGGCUGCUUGUCUGUGGCCCCUUUGUUCUCCCACCCUUCCUUCCUGCACCCCAGUUCUUGGGGGUGCCAAGGUCUGCCUCUCCUGGCACUUGCCCUGGGGAGUGGGGUAGCUCCUCCAGGGCACCCCGGCUCCAUGCCAUGGUGGCCCCUUUCCCAGAGCCCACCCCCACUGAGUGCGGUCCAGUGUCUUCCGGGAAGACCCUCCUCCAGGUCCCCAUGGGACUCAGCCCCCUGACCUCUCUGACCCCAUGCAGCUCCCAUUCUGAGGUCUGAACUCGAGGUCAGCACUCCCUGGCCGUGGUUGACUGGCUCUCUGCCAGGCCACCAAGCCGGAUGUGUUUGCUGCCAUGAUUCCUGGUCCCAACGGCAGACUUCUCCCAGCACAAGACCCACUGGACCCGCAGGAGAAGGAAGGCUGUGGCCAGAGCCAGGCAGGGAAGACCAGCCAAAUUGACCAGGGGCCUUUGCAUGGCCUCUCAGGAAAGCUGUCACUGCCAGGGGGAACCAGGGACCCAGUGCCAGCAAUGAGGACAGCUGAUUAGUGUCCCUUUCUUUCUCCUGUCCCCCAUCUUUUUUUUUUCCCUUUAUUUCCUUUCUUAACAUGAGAGCAAUUGUCUGGCUGGAGGAGGGACCUACUGAUGUGUCCCACCCACAUGGGGGGGGGACUCAGGCUGCUGGGAGCCUGGGGCAUAGACCCAGCUGUGUGUGCAGAGGACCUGAGGGGCCGCACUCUGCAGGCACUUGGACGCUCUGCUCCUGAGCGACACCUCGGGGCUUAGUCCAGGUGAGGGUGAGCCCCUCUCCUUCCCCCAGUGCCCUGUGGAGCUGCCUGUAGCAUCAUGAACCUGGCCCUGGGGAUAGGAGGGCCCUGGCGGGAGCCAUGUUCCAAGUGGGGCUCUAGGUGUGGGACCCAUGCUGGAAAAACGUUAAAGAGGGCCAGGUGUGGCUCCGUGGCAGACCUGGCCUAGCCUGUGCCAGGCCCUGGGUGGGAUCCCCAGCCACGCACCACCCCCAGUAAAAGAAGAAAAAACGUUAGCUUCCUCGCAAGGAAGGGUCUGGCCAGCCCACCUGUGAGCGCAGGUCUUCAAAGUUGCGCUGCCACCGUCCCGGUGCUCCUGGCCUCGUUUCCACACCACAGGUGCCGCCUCGGGGUCCAGAUCCACAGCCUGCUGUCCAAAGUGACCGUGGGCUUUGGUGGUGAUCGUUGAUUCAGCUCGGGUCCAAGUUAGAAUCCAGGCUUGUUUUUACUUUCCAUAGUUUUAAUGACAGCAGAAUCAUAAUCGUAACAAUCCGAGGUGAAGGCUGUGUUAGCCCAGUGUUGCUCGCUCGAUCCUAGGGGGUAGGAUUUUAAUACUUUCUUAAUCCAGCUUUUCAAGCCUUCUGGAGACUGCAAGAAGGAAUUACAAAAUGUGAUCCUUUUUUAAUCAAUUUUCAAUCAUCGCCUAGUCCUGCCAAGGUAAUUGUGUGCCUCUGUGUUGAUUUUGCAAUAUAUACCAAUAAUUGUGAAAACGAUACUUGGUUUCACGUCCUGGUCUUAAACUUGUCAGAGACUAUUUUGUGACAUUUCCCUUUACGACGGGCUGAGCCGGGCUUGGCUGAGCUGUUCCCGGGGUUACCUCAGAGCAGGAGCACUGCCUGCCGUGGGGGCUGUCCUCACCCCAGUGGUGGAUCACCUCCACCAUCACCCACAGUAAGGAGGCAGGCCCCCUGAGUGGGCCUCUGGCCGUCAGGCCCUGGGAGGAGGCAGGUCACUCAGGGCCAGCAGGUAGUGUCCUUGGUCGCUGGCUUCCAGAAAACUCCUGACCACAGUGUCCAUGUCCUGUUGCUUCAAGCCUCAUAUUCUCUCUUAAGUUGAAAACUACAGAACAAAGCAGGUGAGAGUGUUCUGGGCUCUGGACUCUUGGUCCUUGCAGCCUUAGAGGCCCACUUCUUGGAGACCCUGGGUCCAUGUUCAUGCUGCCCAGAGAGCCCCUCGUCUCCUGCUGCCCAGCAGCUCCCAAGCACCUCCUUCACGCACCUCCUCCUUAUGGGGCAGGGCCCCUCAGGAUCCUUCCCAAGCUCCUGGCUCUGCCCAGGGAGAGGGCACUGGGGUUUGGGCACUGGCAGAGGGGGACAACUCUGGUGGUGGCCCUCACGAGGCCCAGACCUCUCUGCCCUCGAGGUGUGGCUCCUGGGUGUUCCCACUCCUCGCCCCUCCCUGGGGCCCAAGGGGGCUUCCCACAUGGCCUCUUGCACCCGAUCUCCAGGAAGCUGGGUCCUUCAGAGGAGCAUGCCACACAGAAAGUGACCCAGAGCCGACUAAGUGGGCACUCGGAAGGACCCCUGGCCUGGAGAGCAUGGUUCUGGGGGGCCAGAUUCACUGCCCAAAGGUCCUUCAUGAGUCCUGAGCCAGGGUAGCCUUGAGCUGGGUCCUGGGGUCUGGGUGAAUGCUACCCACAGGGCCCCAGCACAGUGGAAGGCCUGGGUUUCAGCAGAGCUGGGCCAGGCGCUCAUAUGUCACAGGCAGGCAGGCGCCUUGCUGCAGCUGCAGCUGUGGAGGAACAGGUGGGAGGGUGUGGGCUCCUGCCUGCACGCCAUGCACUUCCUGCCUCAGCCAGCAGGGGGCACAGCAGGGCUGGGUGGGCAGAGGCAGAGGUGGAGGGGGUACCUGGCCCAGCCCCUGGUAGAUCAGACAUCAGCCGCUUUUCUGGGGAAUUUGUCUGUUUCCUUCCCAUGUGAGUCCUCCUGGUUGGAGGUGGGAGCUAGGCUGCAGCCCUGCGGCACAGCAAGAGGGCUGGGUGUGCAUCCCCACCCUCCUCAGCAUCACAGCCUCGGGGUUAGUGCUGGGCUGCCUGGAGGGGCUCCCGGUGGCUAA